AUGGGAGGGAGCCCCCGGCUGAGUUCACAUCGAUGCGGGGAGAGACGAUACUCAGCAUAUGAACCCAGCGCUGGCAGCGGCAUAGACGCAACCAGCAAUGGGGAUCCCUCUCGAUAUACUGAUACCACGGAAAAUGAUGAUGACGUUGAUAACCAUGAUGAUGACAACAGUGGGGAUGAUGAUAACAACAGUGGGGAUGAUGAUGACAACAAUGGGGAUGAUGAUAACAACAGUGAGGAUGAUGAUGACAACAAUGGGGAUGAUGAUGAUAACAAUGGGGAUGAUGAUGAUAACAAUGGGGAUGAUGAUGAUAACAAUGGGGAUGAUGAUGACAAUAAUGGGGAUGAUAAUGACAAUAAUGAGGAUACUGAUGACAACAAUGGGGAUAAUGAUGAUAAUAAUGAGGAUGAUGAUAUCAACAAUGGAGAUGAUGAUGGCAACAAUGUGGAUGAUGAUGACAAUAAUGAGAAUGAUGUUGACAAGCAUAGGGAUGAUGAUGAUUAUGAUAAUCAUAACGCAUUUGCAGAUGACUUAUCAAACCAACUUCAUAAGGCUUACAAAAAAUCAUCUAUCGAAUCUGAUUGCUUCAAAGAUCAUUUAAGAAAGGAAAACUUAGAUAGUGUUAAAGAAUUAGCUCGACGCAAUAGAUGCGGUUAUUACCUGAGUCAGCAUAUAGGAUAUUUGCGAAGAAAAUUGUAUCCUGACUAA